AUGAAAUCCAUUCCUCGGUUACAGAUGGCUGCGCCAACUUCUGCUGGGAUUACGAAGGGUUUCAAACCCGCACCACUUGCGCUAUUGCCACCAAUACCAUUGUACAGAAGACUCCUUCGAGCGCAUCGGAAGCAUUUACCAAGGGAGAUGCGACUGCUGGGGGACCAAUACAUAAAGAGCGAGUUCAGAGCUCAUAGAAAUGUGGAAAAUCCGGUUCACAUUAUCGGAUUCUUGACUGAAUGGCAAAUGUAUGCUCAGAGGCUUGAGGGCAACUCUUGGAUUGGAGAACAAAUGGAUGUCGGGAAGAUAGAUAAGAUGAGCGAUCAGCAACUUGGUCAACUUUAUGAACUUAUGCAAGCGAUACGGAAGAAGCAACUGGAGGACGGCGAGUCUAGUGAAGAAUGA